GUCUUCUCUACGGAGUAGUUUUGUUAACCGCACAACGCAUCGUUUGCGGUACGGUUUUUGAAGCAUAAGGAUCUUAUCUUUCAUAUCAGCGAGAAAUAAUAAUACAAGGAAAGGUUAAAUAGAUACACCUUUUUAUCGGGCUUAGGGUUAACUCAGUGUUCCAACAUGACCAUAUCGCCAUGUUACAGUGCUUGUUUACGGAAAACAGACGUGCUAAUUAGCUAUCUAACUUAGUGUGCUAAAAACACCUGUUUCUAAGCAUAACUCGGGAAGUUUAUCCGAAGUGUAGUUUUGUGGAUUGAGGCACCCGUAGAUGUUUGGAUCUGUGCAAAACUGCUACAGUAAGUAUAUAUACUUUAAUUUGAAGGAUUAUUUCUCGCAUAUGAAAGAUGAGGGCCAUAUGUUUCGAAAGCUAUAUCACAAGCGAUGAUUAUUGACGUUUCUGAACAAUAAAAAACAGCGUUGGGAUUGUAGUUCACAUGAGCCAGUCGUGGGCGAAGCAGAAGGCUGAAAACAGUAGAAGGCAGAAUGCUGCCUACAGUUUGAGAGCUAGACAGCUACAUCAUAAUUAGCUAACCCAUUUGGAAUUGCAAUUUCCUGCUGUGCCACGUAUCAACUGACUGAAACUAGGAUUCCACCUGUGUGGAAGUAACCCAACUGCAUGUGCCAGUGAGUGACUGAGAGAUCUACUGCAUCUGUAAAGAUCUGUGUCUGUAGGCCCGGCAGCCAUGUCUCGGAAGCAGACAGGAAAGCCAGUGCGUGGCGGAAAUAGGAAGUGUGAUGCAGAGCGGAAGCGGGAUGAGCGGUCUGCGCGCAGGGCAAUCGCAAAAGACCGUAAGAACCGGCCCCAGGACAGGGAUGAUGGAGAGGAGUUCGUCAGCUUCUCCAACCAGCUCCAUGCGCUGGGACUCAAACUGAGAGAGGUGCCUGGAGAUGGUAAUUGCCUGUUCCGGGCUCUGGGUGACCAGUUGGAGGGACAUUCUCGGGGACACCUGCGCCUGCGCCAGGAGACUGUGCAGUACAUGAUGUCACACCGGCAGGACUUUGAGCCCUUUGUGGAGGAUGAUGUGCCCUUCGCACAGCAUUUGUCAAACCUCUCCCAGCCUGGCACUUUUGCUGGCAAUGAUGCCAUCGUGGCGUUCGCCCGCAGCCAACAGCUUAAAGUGGUCAUUCAUCAGCUCAACACCCCACUGUGGGAGAUAAAUGGCUCUGAGAAGCUGGUUGGCCGAGAGCUACAUAUUGCCUAUCGCUAUGGAGACCAUUACGACAGUGUAAGACCAUUCGGUGACAACUCUGAGAGCCCUGCUCAGCUGCGUAUAGAGAAUCUACAUCAUUCGAGUGGGCAGCGUGAGUUUGGUGACAGCCAGACAGACAGACCGAAAUCCCCCUCGCCCACCUCCUCAGAGGAGGACAAUGUGAUCCUAAAUUCCCUGAAGAACAUGGGCCCGAACUGUGAAGAGGAGAAUCUGUUCCUGCUGAGUGUCGCCACAAUCAACGCUGAGUGGCUGUUGGAUUCUGAGCUAUCAGCCCAAGUGUGUCACGGCCAGUGUGCCUCGGGAUCAUGCUCUGCGUGUAGAGAGGCAGCGACAGAAUGCAGUGAUCACAAACUUCCACCUGAUGGAGGCAACCUACACAAAUCCAAGGCUUCAAACAAGCAGAGGAAAGAGCAGCAGCACUUGGUGAAGAAAAAGCGACAAGAGGAAAGACAUCGACAGAAGGUUCUUCAGAGCAAAGGAACACCUGACCAGAACCUCUCGGAGCCGGUCACUCUAGUGCCAGCUCUAAAUACACUUAGUAUAUAGACAGAGCAUGGCCAAAUAAAGCAGCGGUUGACAAUGUUUUGCACACAGAAUCAAUCUCAAUCACAUUGGAUGACUUUCAUAUACCCUUUAGUUUCUUUGCAAAUGUAUAGUGCCUGCGAUAGGGUGUGUGUGAAUGUGUUCAGGGUUGUGGUUGACUAUGAGGAUGUUGGUUGGUGACCCAGGAUGGUGUACAUAGUUUCCUCUGUAGAGUCAAUACAGUGUGUCUCUUUCUAUGCUGGUGAAUGAGGGAUGAUGUUGACAUUGACCAUUCAGUACAUCUUGGCAUCUGAGUUCGUUUUGUGUUGAAUUUCUCUGAUUACAGCCAAAGAAGAAAGGAAAGGGAAGAGAGAGACAUCAUUGUAAACAGAAUGAAAUGUUUUGUGAACAAUACUGAAAUUGUUUAGGUGACUUGUAAUGAAUUUAUAUUUUAUCUGGUUAAUGGCAGUUCCAGUAUUAUUGAUCAGGUUUAAAGAAAUGUUAAUUUGGGAGAUUUGCUUAUGAAUGAUUGUGAAGCACUCUGUCUGGUAUGACAUGUAAUGUGGCAAUAAAUGAACAUCUUUACAGUA